AGUGAUUUCUGGACUUAGAACCUGAUAAUGUGAGUACACGAGAGCGCUCGUGGGCGUUGAACUGUCAACAACGCCACUUUUUUUUUUUUUUUUUUUUUUUUUUUUUUUUUUAGCUCUGUUGCUGCUCGGCGAAGAACAAUCCAUGGAUUUCCACAAACUCUGCACUUUUGAAACUUUCCAGCAGCUCUGGAGUCACUACGGUUACGGGGAAAACUUCCACGACGUUGUCGAGCGGGAGUUCACGAGGACCAAAGGAAUCACAUAUCUGGAUCAUGCUGCAGCCACUCUAUAUCCUGAGUCUCUGCUCAAGGAAUAUUUCCGGGACAUUUCAACGAAUGUGUAUGGAAACCCUCACAGCCACAGUCCCAGCAGCAGAUUGACGCAUGACACAGUGGAGCGGGUCAGAUACAGAGUAUUGCAGCAUUUUAACACCACCCCUGAGGAGUACUCUGUGAUUUUCACCUCUGGUUGCACUGCCGCUCUCAAAUUAGUGGCUGAGAGCUUUCCCUGGAGUCCACAGACUGAGAGCGAAGUGGGGAGUCACUUCUGUUUCCUCACUGACAACCAUACCUCUGUAGUUGGCAUGAGAGGACUGACUUCUGCCUUGGGGGUAGUUGCCCUGCCUGUCUCACCGCAGGAGUUGGAAAGCAAGGCAAAGGACGAGGCUCAAGGUGAAGAUGUUAUUAGCCAAACAGUACACCUCUUCUGCUACCCAGCACAGAGCAACUUCUCAGGGAGGAAGUACCCACUUAGCCAUGUGAAGGGCAUUCAGGCGAGACGCCUUUACCCAGCAUGUGACCACCAAGGCUGCUGGUUUGUGCUGCUUGAUGCUGCCUCGCUUGUCAGUUGUUCCUCUUUAAACCUACAGGACUGCCCUGCUGAUUUCAUUCCCAUCUCUUUCUACAAGAUGUUUGGCUUCCCUACAGGUCUAGGGGCUCUUCUUGUCCGUAACAAUGCAGCAGGCAUACUAAAAAAGACUUAUUUUGGAGGAGGCACAGCAGCAGCUUACCUCUCUGGAGAAGAUUAUUAUGUGCAGGCCACAAACAUUUCUGACAGAUUUGAAGAUGGCACAGUGUCUUUCUUGGACAUCAUCGCUUUAAAUCAUGGGUUUGAAUCUCUUUACAAGAUCACAGGUAGCAUGCACAACAUCCAGCAGCAUACGUUUGGUUUGACACGUUAUACUUACAUGCUGCUUUCAAGUCUUUGCCAUGGCAACGGGAAACCAUUGGCUCAGAUAUACAGUGAAGGUCAAUAUGAGAAUCCAAUCACUCAGGGAGCAAUCCUGAACUUUAACCUCCUGGAUUCGAAAGGACAGAUAAUUGGGUACUCACAGGUAGACAGAAUGGCCAGUUUGUACAAUAUUCAUGUGCGCACUGGCUGUUUCUGCAACACCGGCGCCUGUCAGGCAUUUCUGGGAAUCACCAGCCAGCAGAUGAAGAGAAACCUGCAGGCAGGCCACGUCUGCGGAGACAGCAUCGACUUGGUGGACGGCCAGCCGACCGGAUCUGUUCGACUGUCCUUUGGCUACAUGUCAACGUUUGAAGACUGUCGAAAGUUCCUGAACUUUGUGGUCGAGUGCUUCGUGGAGAAACCAGCCACAGUGGACCAAGUGAGACUGCAGAAGCUGAAAGCAGCCAAAGCAGCAUCAGAGAGAUCAAAUGAAUACCUUUCGAUCCAAAUGUUUAAUAAGGAAGCAGAUAAAGUGAUUGAAAGGAAACCAAGUGAAACAUCCCUGAAAGAGUUUGGUCGCAGGGAGUCAAACAGCUGUGAAGAGGCAAAUACUUUGACCAACAUCUACAUAUAUCCCAUCAAAUCCUGUGCCGCAUAUGAGGUGCAUGACUGGCCGCUGGGACCGCUGGGUUUACUCUACGACAGAGGCUGGAUGGUGGUGAAUGGAAACGGCGUGUGCCUGAGUCAGAAAAGAGAGACACGGUUAUGCCUCAUUCGCCCACAAGUCCACCUUCCCUCAAACAAAUUGUUCCUUCAGGCAUCAGGGAUGGAUACCAUUUCGGUUCCACUUGAAAAUGAUAUUCAGUUGCAUUCCAACUCUCGUGUGUGUCACAGUAAAGUUUGUGGUGACAGAGUGGAGACUGUUGACUGCGGGGACGAGGCUGCAUCAUGGCUGUCAGACCUCCUUGGACAGCCAUGUCGCCUGAUAAAGCAAAGUCCCCAUUUCACCCGAGAAAUGAAGAGGAAGCCCGGUGAAGCUGCCACCUCUUCAUCCCUCUCCCUGGUGAAUGAGGCUCAGUAUCUCAUGAUCAACCGUGCCAGCGUGAAGUUCAUUCAGAAUAUAAUGAGCAUGAGGCAGGGCGGCUGUGAGGGCGAUCAGCUCCUUGACACACAGAAUAUCAUCAGGCGCUUCCGAGCCAAUUUAGUCAUCGCUGGAGUAGAACCAUUUGAGGAGGAUAAUUGGUCACACUUGAUUAUUGGCAACACUCGAUUUAUGGUUGCAGGACAGUGUGGAAGAUGCCAAAUGGUUGGAAUAGACCAGGACACUGGGAUGAAAACAAAGGAACCACUUAUGUCUCUGUCUGCCCACCGCACUGGGAAGGUGACAUUUGGUGUGUACCUGACUCAUCAGGCUCCUGAGGGCUCCACUGCAGCCAAUGUUCUCUCUGUUGGUUCUGUCAUACAGCCCAAGCCACAAAGUUACUGAAGUGGUCAUCUGUAACUCCCUUUUUUUCGACAUCUAUCUGCCUUUAAUUGACAUUUCUAUUUUCUGUUAUAUUGAAAACAUUCUGCGAUUUGGGAAUUCAUCCCUUAAAUGUGUGCAAAAUCUAUUGAAUGUGUAUUGAAAGGGCCUUUAGGUGUAAUUCAUCCAAAACAUCAGCCUUGGUUCAAUAAUCCCUUAAAUUAACCUCCUUCUUCCUGUGCCUGUUCUUACUGAGGCUUAAAUUGCUAUUUACUAUGAACAUAUCACUGGUUAUUGGACCAGAAAUCUAAAGCACACGAUUUAUCUCUGCAAUGGCAAAUCUAUCAAGACAACAUAUGCUUCCAAGAUGGCCUUCGACUUGGGUGUGUUAGAUUUGAGGUCAGAAAGGGCGAUAAUUUGAAAAGGAUGGAAGAUUUAUACUUGUCAGUGUAAGGAUUCACAUCAUGGCCACUAGAAAUUAGUUUCCCCGAGUGACAUACUUGCACAGAAAGUGAAUAAAUGUUCAUCAAAUCA